AUGGAGGCCAGGCGUGAACCAGCAGAACGCGUGCUGGCGGCGCAAUCCGGGCGGGGCGGACAAGAGGAGGUGGAGUCAAAAAGGAGGGAAAAGAAUGACUGCCACGAAGGGAGGGGAAAGCAUCCUUUGGUUGGCCAAUGGGAGAGCGCAAUUACCACGUCCAUGCGAGAUGAGGACUGGGUGCAGAAGUGGCGCCAUAAUUGGUCCCGCACCGACCCGUGCAGUGAGACGAAACACGGAACUUCCCCUGGGCCCUCAUCAUUCAUUCCUGUCCAUCAUUUGGGCAUCUGCCAUCUUCCCGGUAUCAACCCAUCAUCGGGUCCAGACCAAGAUGACCGCGAUGAUCACGAUCUGAUGUCGACACUGAAGAGAAUCGGACGAAACAACGAAGAGACAGCACCGGAUUAUGCCUAACUUGCCCGGAAUCGAAGCCUCUUUCGAUCUCGAUUCCUUUGUUCCGACGAUCCGUCCUAGGUGCUUCUUCCGUGUUGCUGACAGACAAAGCCUACCGCUAGUUCAGGCACUUCCCGCGCUCAGAUCCUGGGUUUGUCACAUUGACACCGUCCUGUUCUUUCGGUUAAAGGAAUCUUGAAGCGUUGGAGAGUGGUAGCAAAGAUGUGAUGAGUUUCGGUGUCAGAACCCUCCUUCAAAAGCUCGCCGAGAAUCCUCGUGUUAAUGUCUGAAUUGUAACCCAACCGUUGGAUGCUCAACACUUUGAUAUCCUUUUUGAGAAUACUAUCCGUGAGAGAGGCGUCUUAAAAAGAGGUUCCCUGUCCAUAACUUGUGUGUUCCCUUGUGGCCCAUUCCACCAAUCACCGUGUCUCC